AUGAAAAAAAAACAUUGCCAUGACAUAGAAGAUGAACCAUAGAAAAGAACAAGAAAGACUUAGAAAUCUAUUAAUGAAAAAGAGGAGAAAAAGAGAAAAUAAAUAGAUGAAGAAUUUGAGAAACAAAAAGAACAAGCAAAAUUAUAAGUUCAAAAUAUACAUUAAGAUGAAAAUAGUUGUAGUUAGAUAGAAUUUAAAAAGGAAAUAAUUAAAGGUAGAGUAGCUGUAGAUGAAUGUUUUAUAUACAAAGCUGAUUAUCAUGUUUAUGAAAAAGAUAAUAAAAUUUAUGAUUCUUUAUUAAAUUAAUCAAAUAUAGCUUAUGGUAAUAAUAAUAACAAAUUUUACAUAGCUUAAAUUUUAGAAAGUGAUAAAUAACCUUGUAAAUCAUUAAUAUUAUUUUAGAUAAAUAUUAUUUUUUUACAAGAUGGGGUAGAGUAGGUUAAAAGGGUUAACAUGCUGCAAAAGAAUAUUCACUUUAAUCUUGUUUAAGUGAAUACGAAUAGAAAAUUUAUGAUAAGACUAUUGCAGGAGAUUAUAAAAUUUUAGAAAAAUUCCUUGUUGCUUAAAAGAAUGAGUUUUCUAAUGAAGCUACUCACUAUGAAAAAUCAAAAUUAUAAACUGAAAUUAAAGAUUUACUUAAAUUAAUAUAUGAUCUUAAGAUGAUGGAUUAACAAAUGAUGGAGUAUAUAAAAUUUGAUUAUUUUCAGGAUUGGUUAUGAUUCUUCUAGAAUGCCAUUGGGAAAAUUAGGCAGUCAAACCAUCAAAAAUGGAUACACUAUAUUAAAAUAGAUUGCAGAAGUUAUUAAUGAGUCGACCUUAAUAAAAGCCAAAAAAAAAUGUUUAUUAGAACACUUAUCGUCUGAAUUUUAUUCUUAUAUUCCUCAUAAUAAUGGAUUCUCAAAAUUAAAAUCGUUAGAUACUAAUUAAGAUAUUAAGGAAAAAUUAGAAAUGUUAGCAUCUUUAGAAGCAAUAGAAAUAGCAACAAAUUUAAUAUAAAAUAAUGAUGGAAAUAUAUUUGACAAUUAAUAUUAAAAAUUAAACUCAAAUAUUUCAUUAAUUAAUCCAACAACUGAUGAUUAUUAAGUUAUUUAAAAAUAUUUAGAGAAUACUCAUGGAAGUACUCAUUCUAAUUACCAUCUAAAAAUUCAAUAAAUAUUUAAAAUCAAGAGAAUAGGAGAAAAGCAAAAAUUUAAGAAUGUGGGUAAUAGGAUGUUAUUAUGGCAUGGUUCAAGAUUAACAAAUUUUGUUGGUAUAAUAAGUUAAGGAUUAAGAAUUGCACCUCCUGAAGCACCAUGUUCUGGAUAUAUGUUUGGAAAAGGUGUUUAUUUUGCUGAUUCUGUUUCUAAAUCAGCUAAUUAUUGUUGUACAUCUCCUUCAAAUCCUAUUGGAUUAAUAUUAUUAUGUGAUGUUGCUUUAGGGAAUUGCUAAGAAAGAACUAAAGCAGAUUAUGAUGCUAGUAAUUUAGAGAAAGGUUGUUAAAGUACUAAAGGAAUAGGUAAAAUGGCUCCAACUGAAAAUAUAUAAUUUUCAAAUAUGAAGAUACCACUUGGAAAACUUGAAGAUCAAUAAAUUAAGAGUGAUUUAAUUUAUAAUGAAUACAUUGUUUAUAAUGUUGACUAAGUUAGAAUAAAGUAUUUAGUGCAAUUAGAAUUUUUAUAUAAAUAAAAAGCUAAAUGA